UUUAUUGUAUCGAAAAGCAUCGAAAUCAUCCGGCAGAAGGAAAAAAAUAAAUAAAAGUUACAAAAAAUUUCAAAGUGGCGUUUGUAUAUCUAAUAUUAACUUCGCUCUUUUUUAUCUAAUUGCUGUUACGACAGUAUUAUUUCUUGCCUUUUCAUUUUGCCUUACUGUUGAUUCAGGCUUCUCUUGUACUAUAUGGAGAGUGAAUCACUUAAUAACAACUCUAAUAGUAAAAAUAUGGAUGGUGAUAAGUGGGGAGAUGUAAUUAAAAAAGAUCAAAAUGAUCGACGAUCUCGGUCUCCUCUUGAUAAAAAUAAGUCUAACCGCAGUAGAGAUUCUAGUAUGAACCGAAAUUCUCGGAGUCGUAACCGUUCAAGAUCACCUCGUUCUAGACGCACAAGAGCACCCACAAACCGGAGAAUAUAUGUGGCUAACAUACCUUAUGACUGCAAGUGGACAACUGUUAAAGAUUUAUUUAGGGAUAAAGUUGGCGAUGUUUCUUAUGUAGAGUUAUUUGAAGAUGAAAAUGGAAAGUUUAGAGGUUGUGGGAUUGUAGAGUUUAAAGAAGCUUCAUCUGUACAAAAAGCGGUGGACUUAUUACACAGGUACGAAUUCAAAGGACGCCAACUCGUUGUUAAAGAGGAUUUUGAUGUGGAUAGAGACAAAACUGGAAAACCGUUGGGCAGAAACCGCAGUAUUGGUGGAAGCAGUCUAGACAGAGAUAGAGAUGAUUAUCCGGGUAUUGCUGGACUUGGAAACAGCAGUGCUCCUCAGUACAAUACUUAUGGUUUAAGUCCACAAUUUUUAGAUGCUUUGGGAAUAUCUGGGCCACUGACUAACAGAGUUUUUGUGGCCAAUCUUGAUUAUAAAGUAUCCACCCAAAAAUUAGAAGAAGUUUUCAAAUUAGCUGGCAGAGUUGUGAAAAUCGACUUAAAGAGAGAUGAAGAUGGCAAUAGUAAAGGUCAUGGAACGAUUGAAAUGGGUCAUCCCGUAGAAGCUGUACAAGCAAUCUCUAUGUUCAAUGGUCAAAAAUUUUACAACAGAACGAUGAGUGUGAGAAUGGAUAAAAAGCACCAUGAUGAUGCUGAAGAUAAACGUUUACCUGAGGGUCUUCAAAGUGUUGGAAAAGGUCUUGGUGCAAAUGGGCUUCCCCUUCAUUUAUCAAAUACUUCUGCUUUGAACAAUUUAAGUUCAGCAGCUCUAGCUAAUGUAUCAGGCAUUGGAGGCGUCGGAGCCGGAUCCCUUGGUCUGAUGUCAAACCAGAUAGCUCCUGCUGUAGUUGGAGCUAAUGCCACUGGUAUCCCCGGAUUGGCUGGCAUCGGUAUGAGCCUGAACGAGCGCAGUUUCUCUGGAAUGGGAGCUGGUGUGGGUGUAGGACUUGGUGCCACUGGCUCUUCUGCUGUUGGUAGUGCCAGUCUUCUUUCUGGUGGUCUAGGUAGCCUUUCUAACUCAUCUGCUGGUCUUGGAAAUAGUGGCUUAGGAGGAGGACUGGGAGCUGGAUUAACUGGAGGACUUGGUGGUGCUGGAGGAUUGUCUCUUGGUGGAAGUGCUGUCGGCUCUGGUGGAUUGGGCUAUGGCGAUUACGACAGAGGUUAUGAUCGAGGAGAUGAUGGAUAUCGUACUGGACGAAGCUCUGAUACUCUUAUUGUGAGAAAUCUUCCACAGUCUUACACAUGGCAAAAUCUAAGGGAACGUUUCCGAGACAUUGGGGAUAUACGGUACACGGAGAUGAAAGGUCGUGGAAAUGCUGUUAUUCGAUUUACAUCUGAACGUGAAGCACAACGUGCUAUUGAUUAUAUGCGUAAUCUUCGUAUUGAUGGUCGUCUAUUGGAUGUCUCAUUCUACUAAUUAUUCUUUUUCAUCUUUGACUGCAUUUUGGCACUUCAUUUUAACUUCUUUGACUAUUCAUUGACAACCUCCCCUAUUUCGAAACGAAAACCAUUGUCGAACUUUUGAUUUUUAGGAGAAGGACGGAGUUUUUUUUUUUCCAAAGUUUUUAAAUAUUGCAUCGACGUCGAACUUCCCCCCUUCAUUUUCAUUCUCGUGCAGUCUAUCAACAUUCUGAAAAUUUAAUCAAUAUUGUUUCUCUCGCUGAUGGACGAAAGCUUUUUUUGAAUCAACAUAUCAUUUUUGCUAAAUUCCCUAUAAACAUUGAUCUAUGGAUUCCCUUGUUAAAGACAUAUAGUUUUUCCAAUAUUUUUUGCCCUAGAAACAUCUAAACCGUAGUGUAAGUUUUGUUUGUAACUUGUGACUUAUAUUCGUUUAAUUAGCAUUCCAUAUGGAUAUUCAUUGUCUUUGUGCAAAAUCUGUAAAUCCAAAUUUGCUCCAUUGUGUUUAAUAAAAAAAUGUUUUUUCCUCUU